GUGUAUUUUUAUACAAUUUAGUGAUGGAUUUCCUACAAUGUGGAAGAUGCUUACAAGUAUAUCAUCAUAUUUCAUCAUUUGUGAGACACAAAAGAAAUUGCAAGAACCCUUCCCAGGACCUGGAAGUGUAUCAUGAUCACCUUCAACCAGCUGAUGGGCUCAAUGACAUCAGUAAACGGUUACAGAAAGGAGAUGAAUUACCAGGUCAUACAGCCUUGACAGCGAUGUCAUCGCCAGCUAAGCGAGGGUGCAUGCUAGGCUUGAAGCGUGGUCGCGUGUACGAAGUCAGCAACGAGGAAACAAGCUCAAUCGCGUCCAACAGCAUCACAGAAUCACGAGAACAAACGACUGUGGGGCGAAUCGCGCCCUUACCGAUGCUGCCUCUAACGAUCACACAGGAGCAUUGCUACGCCAUGAAUAAUUCGAAAUGGUGGCUGCUUCAAAUCGAAACUGAGAAUCCUCUUAGCCACAUUUUCAUGUCCAGGACACGUUUCAUGGAAUUCCGCUAUCAUCGAUUUUCGUUGACGGAGCAGGAAUUCAACUGCGUGCUGCAAUGUGCUACAAAAUUCACAUGCAUCAAUGCUCUUCACACUCACUAUAACAAAUGCCAUAAUUUGAAUGUGGCUGUGCUCGUAAAAGAGGUAGUUAUCUCCCUGGGAAGAAUAAUGACGGGGCAUAAAAGAAGCUCUGACUUGUCCGAUUCGCUAGAGCAGCCCCUGAAAUCUGAAAUCUCUACAGAUGCUGUGGCGGAGGAAUGUGAUAAGCAGACACAAUGCGAGGCUGUUUGUUGUCUAUUCCCGAACUGUCGGCAGAUCUUUCCCUCGACGCUAUUCCUUCAAAUGCACUUGCUGAACAUCCAUCAACAACGAACAGAGUUUGUGUGUGAACUUCAGAGCAGCGAUCCAAGUGUUUGCAGUGUUUGUGGUGUUACCGAGCCGCGAGGACCAGUUGAGCUCGAACAACACUAUGAAGUCGUACAUUUCAGGUCGGCGGCAAUUGACAGCUUUGCUUGUGAGCACUGCCGCCAGACCGACACCUCGGCGAUGAGCAUAGGAAAACACGUCGUGGAUACGCAUCAGGGAAAGUGCCCGGUCUGCUGCGUGCGCCUGGCUUCACUUAAUUCUGACUCUCCUGAGUUUGCUCACCAUGCUCUGUCGCACUUUGUUAGGACAGGUGGCUGCAGCAAGCAGCUGAAGUGUUCUCUGUGCAGUGCCGCGCUCCCUGAGGAAUUGGUGCCGUUCCAUUUCACAGACUCGCGUUGGCGCUGCGUCGGUCUGAUGGACGAGAAGCUAAGCACGAUUGCUGGUGGCCGCUAUCCAUCGACCACCACGUGGACUGGGCUGUCGGAGCUGGUGUCUGAUGACACUGAAGGGCUGCCAGAUCGUUCAGAGAUCUCCCGCGUUCCGAAAUGGUUAGGAAUUCUGAAACAGCUGCUUAUAAGGGCGGAGUGUUCUCAAGAGCCAAACGCACAAACGUCAUCAGCAAGAAAUCUCGUUCUUGCUGCAAACAUGAAGCAGGGCGCCGAGUUUGUUAAACAUGUAACAGAGACAUUCGCUGAUGUAGCCAAGACAUUUGGUCGUACUGUGAACGAUGCCUGCUGCAUUGAAAACAAGGCACUAGAAAUUCCCCCUGUGCGUUCAUAUUUAAUAAAUAAGCUAACCCGUGAGAGUAUCAGUGCUGAUUGUAAUGCUCUGACAUUCCUUGGCAGUGAUGAGCCACAGUUAAGUGAAUUGCAGGAUUUCCCUACGCUGAGUGAUAACACAGGUGCUGCCUUAAGGCAAUGUGGGACAGAUGCAGGAUUAGACAUACAUGAAACCAGUUCUGUGGCAGCAACUGUUGCGCCUGCCGUGACUUCUACAUACGAAGACAGCGUCGAAACCUCUGGAAUGAGAUCGAAUGGACCGAUGAUGCUUUGUACAGUGGCAUCUGAUCACGUUGACACUUCCAUGGCGUCUCUAUUGGCACCUGUCAAACCUGUCGUGGUAUCUGCGGUGUCAUCUGGUCACAUGGGAACGUCAAUCAGGUCUACUACAGUAACGUCUGUUUUCCUCAGUAAUGCAAAUGUAACCUCCUCGUCUUCCAGAUCUCUUAUAACGGGUGUGAAAGUUGUGCCCCGUAAUCUAAGAACUGUACGAGGAUCAGAAGACUUGACUUGCUUCAUCUGCUGGAAACAGUACGAUAACAGUGCUCAUAUCGUCUGGCAUUACAACAUGAUGCACAAGUCGUGGGUAGAGAGGAGCAGUAAUUGUGCAAGGUUACCCAGUGUUGAUCACAACCAUUAUACUUCAAACACUCAUGAAGAACCAGAGUCUCAAUCAAAUGAAGACACAGGGAGUGUAGCAGUUCCUUUGGAGAUUGCAGAUAAUCAAGAGUUGUCCAUCUUGUACAGAAGGCGGUGGUUCUGUUUUGACUGUAACAAGCUUAUAGUUGGCUUUGGUUCAUAUGAAAAACACAUGCAGGCAGUUCAUGACCGAGAACUUCAUUUUAAGUGUCUUCUAACGGCUUGCUCAAAGUGCUUCUCCAUUGUUGAUGAAUACAGGUACCAUUCAGAACAAAUGAGCCACAUACCAAACAGUUUAUCAUGCUGCCACAUUUGUGAUGUCGUUGUGUUUACGAAAAAGGAGCUUGAGCGUCAUCAGUCUACUAUCGAACAUAGUGAGAAUAAGCUGAAGGAGGCCGGGGGCUGGCAGUGUCCGCUGUGCAGGCAGAACUUUGGGAGACUAGCAAUGCAGACACACCUGGCUAGUGACAGGCACUACUACCCGUGCGACAUGUGCCAGCAUGUGAGCAUCUCGAAGAAGCAACUGCACUGUCACAAGAGCUGUGAGCACCGCAAGACUUCACAGAUCUGCGAGGUGUGUGGUAAGGUGAUUCAGAGCAUGACAGGACUUUGGAAACACAAGGUCACUGUCCACCAACUUAUAAAUCCUAGAGAGUGCAAGUACUGCAAGAAGGUUUUUCCAUUCAAAUCCAAGCUGCGCUAUCACCUCAGAGAGCAUGAGCCUGACAAGUGGUUUGCUUGCACCGUGUCCAAGCACUGCCGCAGCGUGUUCAGAAGCAAAAGACGCCUGGAGUGGCACGAGAAAGCGCACAUGGCUCUGAUCUGUGACGUCUGUGGCAAGCAGUUCUCGAGGAGAGAGUACUUGAGGAGUCACAGGGUGACAUCACACACUAAGCGUUUCACCUAUUGGUGUGAUGUCUGCAACAAAGGGUUUGCGCAAAAGGAGAGGCUUAAGCGACACACGUAUAUGGCUUCGUGCAUGGCUUCCCACAAGACAAAGCUGAUGGAAACCGCUGCUCCAGUUAAUAUUGCGUGUGCUAGCCCACACGUAAAAGCAGGCCCAGCGAAAUCACAAGCCCUAUAGAAAACUAAUGAUGUAAAAACCAAAAGAGGUAGAGCAAGGCCAGUGGGAUGUCACGUAGACAAUGUUUUGAAGCAACCAGCACUGGAUGUCUCGGAAUUCGGUGUGAAAAUCUGUCAGAGUGGUGAGGAACUAUUGGUACAUGAUGGUGUUGUUACGCAAGAUUUACAAGAGAUGAGCAGUGCAGGAGAAGCUAUGAUAUUCUUCACUGAAGAUGUGCAGUUUGUACAAAUAGAGCCACCACUGAUGUUCCAAAUUCAAGAACAUAGUGGGGAACAGCAACAACUAGUGAACAGUAUUGUGGGAAUUUAGCGCAAUCGUAUAAUGUGCAGAGAUUUUACUAGGUGAAAACUAUAUAUAGGCGUUAUUUACUCUAUAAAGUUAUGUUACAAUUAUUAAAACUGUGCCAUGAUAGGAGCGACGAUAGUUCAAUUGUUAUUUACGUCUUUUCCAUUAUAGGAAGGACGGAUAGGAGUUGACAAGAUCAGUGAAUAUAUGCAUUACCUAUGUGACUAUGUAUUAUGCACUGUGUAUAUAAGUGUAUAUGCACUACAUCAGUGACCACUAAUAUAUGAAUUUUUUAUUUCCUACCAUCUAUUGCAUAUAUAUGUAUCUGUGCAUGAAUUCAUUGCAAAACAAAGUUCGUUUAUAUAUUUUAUACUCUAAAUUUUGUAAUUAGCAAUAUAACUAAUGUUUAGUAUUAGUUAUGAGGUAGUUAUAUUAUUAUGUUUCAUAUCAAAGCAUUCGAGAGCAUGUGUGCCCUCUGUAUAUGUGUCUCUAAUAAUUUCUACAAAAUACUAUGUAUUUCAUUCGAUGCAAUACACCAUUUUUUAUACGCGUUACUAGCGCCAAUCAACGACUGAAAAAUGUCUGUAUCAUUUUAUUCGGAUGAGAUGUCGCGAAGGCAGGGUGCUUUAGAAAUUAUAAUGUAAGAAAUUAGGAUUUAAAUCUUCUGCAUAAAACCGUCCCGUGAGUCUGCGUUCUCCAUUUUGAACCCAUAAUCUUGAGAACAUAAUGCUUUUAGCAGAUAUUUUCGUGAACCGAGAUCUGGCGUGAUAAGCUACGUCACCUUGCAAGGAAGUUGGAGACACUGCGCAUUUGUAAAACAUUGUGAGACAGUGGUAUUUUUUCAUAUGAAAUUACUGAAGAGUAUUUUCUCCAGUUUAAAUUAAUAUUGGCAACAAAAUAUUUAAUGUUUUGUUUGCCUUCAUAUAUACAUCGUUUUUCAUGCACGAUACUAGCGCCGACCAGUGGCACAUAAACGUCGGCAUAAUUUCAUUUCGAGCUGCUGGGAAUUGAGAUAGGAUGAAGCCAGGUGGUCCAUGAAUUAAAGAAGUGAGACAUAUGGAUCAAAAUUUA